AUGGCCAAGCGGACGGACACCCAGGCAUGUCACCACCACCCCGGCACUACUAGGCACGGCUAUUGGCUGCUGCUCAUCCUCUUCCUUUGCGGGCCUUUGGGCACGCUCCUGUUCUUUGUGUUGCUCCCUCCUGACACCCACAGCACCGAUGAGACGGGGCCAUAUGAGUUGGGCACCAAGAUCGUGCACCUAGCACUGGCGGGAAGCUCGAGGCGCGCGCGGUACGUGCUUGACGAGUACACUGUCUGGGGCACGUUUCUCGCCGGCGUGCGCGACCGGCUGCAGUGCGGGCCGAUCAGGACGGUCACCGACUCAUCGGGGGAGGCGAUCCUGGCGGUGGCCGACAUGGUGGACCAUGAUCACAUCGUCAUUCACGCCGACUGGAGCGGGGGCCUGGGCGAGGCGCAGGCCUCCGAUGGCGGAGGCAGCACGCUCGUGCGCGACCGAAGGUCGGGCAGCGACGGCCUGCUCCGGCUGGGCAACAGCACCCGGCGAAGGCACAGGGCGCGCUCUCUGCCCAAGCUGAUCGAGCAGGUGGACGCGCUCCAGGCGCAGGGGAGCAGGCGUGGCGUGAGCCCGGAGGGAUCACCGGAGCUGACGCCGGUCGAGCCGUGCGGUGCGCGCCAUCCAACCUUCCGGCUCGCGAUGGUGGUGCCGUGGGUCACCGAUAUGCCGCCGUGGAUCACCUACUUUGUGGCGUCCGCGCGCCGUUCGUCGUACCUCGCCGACUUCCUCGUCUUUCACGAGAUGAUUGAGCCGCCAGAGCACCUGCCUGAUAACGUCCGCUUCAUCGACCUCGGCGUCGGUGGCCUGUCGCAGCUCAUCGGGCUCCGCCUCGGCGACGAGCUAGGUAUGCCCGUCCGCAACGCAUCGCUGCUUAUCCGCUCCCUCCGCUUCAUGCUCGACAAGUGGCCGCGGCUGGUCGCCGAGUACAAGCCCGCCUUCGGCACGAUUUUUGAGCAGUACUUGGGCGACUAUUCGCAUUGGGGGUACUGCGACCUCGACAUGGUCGCCGGCAACUUGCCCCUCUUCAUCGAGCGCACCGAGCUCGCUGAGCACGACAUCGUCACCUACUCGUGGGGCGACGUGCACCGUAACGCGCGCGACAUCUUGACGCUGUGGAAGGGCUGCCCGCACCUCGGCUCCGAGCUGCAAAAGGAGCUGCUGCUCAAGGUGGCCUGGGUGCGACGGAUGGAGUCAAAGGGCAUGAAGUCCUACCCCAAGCGCUUCCAGAGCGCGGAGGGCUGCUACUCACACGCGGCGGCGCAGAUGCCCGGCAUCCGAAUCAAGAUGGCACACAAACAGUUCGUCGGCCUCUCCGUCCCCUCGGAGGAGGUUGUGUACGUGAUUCGCGGUGCGGUCUGGCAGUGCCCGGCGGAUGCGCACGUGUCGGUCGACGAGCUCGCAAAGCACUCCCAGCAGCCAUGCAGCGCGAGUCUACCCGGCGUGCAGGAGGCGCUCGGCACGCGCCUGCCGCUCCGUGUGUCGUCCGAGGGUUGCGGCAAGUGGAUGCCGGUCGAGUACCGCAUGUGCGCAAGCUUGCCGGAGCCGCCGGAGCGCGAGCGCGACACGGUUAGCUUUAGCAUCGAGCUCGAAGGCGGGCAGUUCUACGCGCAGCGCUUUCGCACGACGCUGCGCGUCCUGGACAAUGGUUGCCGGCAGGGAGCCUUCUUUCACAUGCAGGAGUGGAAGAAGCUGUGGGAUUUCUCUUCCCACGGCGUCGACCCGCUCGAGCUGAGCCCGGGCACAGACCCGCCCUCCUUUCUGCCCUCCUUUACCAUCUCCACCGACGGGGUGGCCCUCUUGACUUGA